AUGCGACGUGAGCGGGUAUUGCCUCUUAACUUCCGUGACACGAUGGGACGUGAGCGGGCAUUGCUUCUUAACUUCCGUGGCAUCGCAAUGUUUGAUAGCGGGCAAGCGGUGAAAUAUAAUGCGUUAUGGUACUCCCAGUGUCCUAUCCGUGUCACCCUCUCCUCUAUUCCGGUCGUCUCCCCACUAGUUCGGCGACUAGGCGAUCAAUACAUCACUGAGUAUCAACCAAUUUUCCGUCCUGAGUGUCAGCCAAACGUUAUUGGUGAGAAAUGCAUAAUUUGUCUGCAAGAGUUGUUGCCGAUUUUCUCUCAUAUUUUAUGA